AUGCCACGCAAGCCGACAAACACUCUUAUAGUCUCAAGGCUUCCUGAAUCUUUAAAGAAUAAUCCCCAGCCGCUUGUGGACUUGCUCGCCGCUCAAAGUCUCCAGGUUGAGCUUAUCUCGCUCCCCAAGUUCGAGAGGUACAUCAUCAUCUGUGGCACCAUGGCUCUUGCGAUUUAUGUGAGAGACUACCUUUCGUCGAAUAUAGAGAAGGGGCUUAACAUAAGCUUCAGUCUAAAGGACAAUCAUCUGCGGCUUCUUGAGGACGAGAACUGGACUCUCAAGGCUGAAGAUACCCAGUUCCUAGAGCUUCCGCUGGAAGAAGGCAGUCGGAGUGAGUGGGAUGAUUAUAACAAAGUGGAAGAAGGUCCAAAUGAAAAGGCAAUCUAUUCGCCAGAUGAACUUUCGCAUUUGCUUUGGGACCGAUUUGGCGGCUUCGACAGCUCGCAUGUGAGACGCUACCAAGAGGACGAAAGUGAUGAAGAAGAGGGCGAACUCCUUGACAUCAAGCAGCAGCCAGAAGUGCUUUUUGAAAAUAUCGAUAACGGCGUACCUGCCAUUGUGGUUGACUCUGUGCGUAAUCAGAAAUCCAAGCGGACGCCGCCACUUCCUAAAACUGCAAUGCCACCAAUGAAUUAA